UCGCGGAGCACAUGAAGCGCGCCGUGGGGCGCGCAAAGGAGGCCGUGGGCGCCGCCGUCGGUGCCUACGGCAGGGUGGACGCCGGUGAGUAGUGCAAGGACAGAGGGGCUGAGAAGGGAGGAGGCUGCAGAUGUCACAAGUCGCCCAGUGCUGCACAAGAGCUUUAAUUUCACGCUGCUUGAGGCAUGUCGCGCGAGGCGCGAGCCGUGCUGAGCUCGACUGUUGCCCGAGCGCCCGCAGCGCCGGCAGGGCAGGGCACUGCAGGGCAUCUCUAGGAGCAGAGGACUGCUCCGAAGCUGACUUUGUCCCCCUAAACUUGUCAUUCUCUACAGCGCUGCUGGACUCCGUGCGCGUCCAGACCGACGCCAAAGACAAGACACUGUAUGCGCUGCGCGACGUCGCGAGCGUCGGCGUGCGCGAGGGCGCGCUGCUCGUGACGUGCUUCGAGGCCGAGAUGACCAAGGCGGUGGAGCGAGCUAUCUACGUUGCAGACCUUGGCCUGACGCCGCAAGCAACGAACGAAGAAGGAGUCCUUCGCGUCGCUGUUCCUCGGCCAACGGCAGAAACGCGAGCGAACCUGCAAAAGGACGUGGCGCGCCUCUGCGAGAAUGCCCGCGUGGCGGUUCGGACUGCAAGACAUACGGCGCAGAAGCAGAUCAAGAGCGACGAGAAGCGCAAAAUCGUGGGCACUGCGGAGGGCGCAAAGGACUUGAAGAAGGUCGAGGAAGAGACGAAGAAACGCACAGCCGAGAUCGACGCCUUCUUUGAAGCCACAAAGAAGAAGAUCGAGCAAGGCGCUUGAUCCCGCACGUCGAUGCACGGGCAUGAAGGGUGGAUGCCGUGCACGUCUCUCCCUCAGACCGAAGCACGGCUGCACACCCACGAGCAAGACCACGGCGCAGCGAGGAGCACAGCUUGCAAGCUGCGCAGUCGCUGUGCCUUGGGCUUGGUUCUGGGCCUGCAGCUCUGUCGACGUCUUAGGCGGGGUACAAUGCAUGGCUCUUGCCUCCUCUUUCUCUCUCUUCUCUAUCUGCUCUGUGCGACUGCGCGACUGUCAUGUCUGCAGCGUCAUGCACCGCAACCGAGGACCAGGCAACGACGACCCAAGUGACCAGUGAUGAGAUUGCACGCCCAGCGAGCGCCACAUCGUGUGCGGUC